GACCUUAUGCAGUUAUUUGUUAUUUGACACAGGGCACUAACACCCUCACGUAGUCUACACGUCUUUUAUACAUGUUUGCGUGUAUAAACACAUGCGGUUUUUGAAUUGUCAAGUGUCAUUAUCAUUAUAGAUUCCUUAAUUACAUUUAAUUAUUUGUAAAUCCUCAUUUGUUCGUUAUAUUAAUCUGAAUACUGUAGAAACAGGACGGAAUUAUAAUUCAAAAACUUUAUAAACAACAAUAAGACAAAUUUAACGAAUAAUGACUGACAAGAAGAGUGUUUUAAUGAUAUGUUUAGGCAAUAUAUGCCGUUCGCCGAUAGCCGAAGCAGUAUUCGACGAUUAUAUUAAAAAAAAUAAUUUAGAGGAGCAAUGGGAGGUGAAGAGCGCCGCUCUAAUAGGUUAUCAUACUGGCAAAAGUCCCGAUAAACGAGCAAUGACUACACUUAAAGAAAAAGGAAUUACGACAUAUUCACAUGCAGCAAGACCUAUAAAGAAAGAUGAUUUUGUGAAUUUCGAUUGGAUAUUUGGCAUGGAUGAGGAAAAUAUGGAAGAACUGGAAAGAAUGAAACCAAAAAAUGCUAAAGCAAAAUUAGAACUCUUGGGAAAAUAUGAUCCUGAAGGAGAAAUAAUUAUAAGAGAUCCUUAUUAUGACAGCGGUCGAGAAGGAUUUGUGAAAGCAUUCGAGCAGUGCACAAGAAAUGUUGAGGCAUUUUUUAAUGAACAUAAAUAGAAUAAUAUUUUUUUAAGGUUAUGUUCUAAAUAGAUAAUAAAUAUUUUUAAUUUUUA